UUAAUAAAAUAAUGUGGCAUUUACAUUUUAGUUAUAAUGGGUGGAGGUUCAUCUAUCGUUUCUCCUGCAGAAUUCUCAGUUUUAAAGACGGAAAUACUGAAUUUGGCAAAAGAAAAUGAAGGUUUGAGGGAGGCAAUACAGAAAAUGGGCUUAUUACAGCAGUUAAAGGAUAGCAGUAUUAAUGUAAAAGGAGCAGUAGCUGUAUCUAUUCCGAUUUCCAUGUUGGGGUUUUACGGGGUACAUAAUUUAUUAAAACGAAUUGAAAAGACGUCUAAACAAAGAAAUGAGGCGGAAAAAAAUUCAAAUUUUCUUAAUGAACCAUGGCGAAAAAUCCACGAGACCUUGACAGACGUCCCGCAGUUAAAAGAAACCUUUAUGAACAACAUAUCGGUGAGAUCGACUGAAACUGACACACCACUCAAUAUUUUACUUCUUGGACAAGCCGGAAGUGGGAAAUCUUCCUUUGUAAAUGCAUGUUUUACAGCCUUACUGCAGGAGGGAAGAGUGGUUAAAAGAGCCGUUGAUGGAUCAGUGGGGUCCGAGAGUAUAACAGAAGGAUUAACAUACUAUAAGCUUGAAAUUAAAACUGGUAAUAAAACGGAAUAUGUACCUGUUCAACUGAUUGAUUGUCGGGGACUUUCAAAGGGAGAUAAAGGUGUACAGACUGGAGAUAUUGAGAAGAUUUGUAGAGGCCAUAUCAAAGAUGGAUAUCUGAUAAACCCAAAAGAAGGUAUAAAACCGGAUGACAAAAUGUAUCGUCAACAUCCUCAAGAGAAAGACAAGAUACAUUGUGUUGUGUACGUUUUGGCGGCCGAUGAAGUAGGAUUCGUUCAGGAAGAGGUUUUGGAUCAAUUUAACACAAUAAAAAGAAUGUUCAGAAAAGGUAUGUGCAAUUGUUUUUUUAAAUACAAAUUUUCAAUUAGUUUUGCUUCGGACGAGAUUUGAAGGCACAUAAUGAUUAAGGCUCAGUUGUGUUGUUUGUUUUCAAUUUCAUAGAUUAUGCUUUACAUGCACAUGUAAUUAUAUGUUUAAAAUUUUUGGAACAAAAUUCAACAAUAAUUACUUGUAUUUGCAUAUCACGGCAAUGAAAUCAAUCAAAGGUGUCAAUAGGCAAAGUUUAUGAAACAU